CUGUAUUGCCUCCUUUACUAGUCAUUUCUGAUGGUAACCAGGUGUACUCUCCUAAUGUAACUGAAGGAUCAGUUCAAUAUGUCUGUCUAACUCAAGGGAGCAUGAUUGAUACUUAUAAUGGAGUUUCUCUUAUAGCUACAUUCACUCCUAACCCAGAGGAAGCUGAACAAACUAGGAUAUUUGAUAUGGAGUGUAGCAGUGGUACAUGGACUGGAAGAACUGGUAGUUUAGAUCCUGUUCCUAAUGGUAUUGUUGUUGGUGCUCCUCCAAACACUUUUUGUUAUCGGUGUCGGGAAGGUUUUAAUGAAGGUGGUAUAAGAUGUAGAGAGUGUGACAGUGCUUGUAAUUCUGGACUGAUGAGGUGUACUGGAUCAGGUUCUACUGAUUGUUGUUUAUCAUUUGCUACUAAUGGUCAGUGUGUUUCAACCACUAACUGUACAUCAUCAUCAGGUCCUAACUAUGUUGCUACUGAGAGUAAUAACUUCAUUUGCACUUGUAAUCUAACCUGUUCUACUGGUUAUACUGUUAAUUCUGAUUGUACUGAUUGUGAUUUGGCUAGUAUCUGUGAUAGAGACACUCCAUGUAUGAAGGGAGGACAGUGUACACAGUAUUCACCUCCUGAUAAUUAUACUUGUGAUUGUACUGGUACUGGAUACCAGGGAGCCAAACUGCACUGGUGA